AUGACUGAGUCUCUUGUGUAUAUGGGCAUCUUCCUAUAUUAAUAUAAAAUGAUGAGUUCAGCUUGGAUUGACAUGAAAAUAAGAGAAACUUAUCAUAAAUCAUAUACACUUAGAUAUAAAUUUAUCUGGGUUAUAAUUUUGAUAAUAACAUUAAUUUUGGAUAGUGUUUUGAAUAACUUUACUCCUUAUGCUGUUAUUAUUCCUAUGGCAUGUUAAUUUAUUGUUUAUGUAAUUAUAAUCCUUAGAUUAGUGUACUAUGAUUAAAAUUUUAUAUGACGACAACAAAUAUUUUAACUAAAGUAGAAAAUAAUUCAGAAAAUUUAUUCGUUAUCCAUUCUUGUUCUAAAUUUUAUAAACCUAUAAUAUGAUUCUUUUUGACAACACAGUUUGGAUGAACCUUAUUUAAAUUUUAAUUCUGUUCUCAUUCCAUGAAUAUUUAAUAGAUAAAUCAUGCAAUUUACAAGUAAAAGAUUUAAAAAAACAUAUUGACAAUUGUGAAAAUUUAAAUAUCAUAUGCAAUUCAAAUAUUAAUUUAAAUCAGCAUAUGAAUAAUAAAUAAUUUUUAGAUGACUCACCUUAUUUAUAACAUACUUUAUUAUAGUAAUCUAGUGCUAUUAGAGAUACUCCUUAAUUUGACAAUUUUGGUACAGACGCAGAAAAUGAUUCAUUUUCUGGAAACGAAGAAAAUACUGUUAAAAUUUCCUUUAGUACAAAAUCAGAAAUUGGGAAUAUAUCAAUUAAUAAUAUAGAUAAUAAGAGAUAUGAAAUCAAUUACAAAUAUAGAGAAAAAAAAAAACAUAAAAUUGUAGAGAUUUCAGAAAUGAAUAAAUUUUUGCAAUUAUUUAAUUUGAAUGACUUUACUUAACUUUGGUGUGAUUAAAACCUACUAAAUUAUUUUAUCUAAUAUUUAGAAUCAAAAAACUAUGGAUUGUAAAUCAAUAUUUAAUUUAUUUAGAUGGUGUGAAAAUUUUUAAAGAUAAGAAAUUAUUGA